CGCGCGCUCAACAGCUACAGGCACGCGGCCAUCCCAGGACAGUAUAAAAAUCCCAGCGAACUGUCCCAAGAGCACGGAAAGAACUGGAUUUCUUAGGUGUAUCUGUCUGUCAAUCAAUCAUGAAGGCUGUGGCAAUAAUCCUUGUUCUGGCAGUCAUCUCUGGCUGCCAUGCCCGCGCUGUGCGCCAGGCAGAGGCCCUCCAGAACCACUGGGAGGAGAAUGUUGAGCGCUUCUGGACCUACGUGUCUGAAAUCAACAGCAGAGCCGACGGACUGGUGGAGAACCUCAAAGCCUCCCAGUUCAGUAGAGAACUUGACACCCUGAUCACUGACACCGUGGCUGAGCUGACCGUGUACAGGGAGGACAUCCAGACCAAGUUGGGGCCCUACGCCCAGGACACAGCCGCCCUGCUGGGCCAGGACCUGCAGCUUCUGACCACCAAGCUCCAGACCGACAUGGUUGAUGCCAAGGAGCGCAGCACACAGUACCUGGGAGAGCUCAAGACCAUGAUGGAGCAGAAUGCUGAUGAUGUCCACAACCGUGUCAACACCUACACCCGCAAACUGAAGAAACGCCUUAACAAGGACACAGAGGAGAUCCGCAACACUGUGGCUAACUACCUGGGAGAAAUUCAGUCCCGUACCUCCCAGAACAUGGAUCUCGUGAAGGGGCGUGUGGAGCCCUUCGUGAGUCAGGCCCACGACACCGCCGCCCAGAGGCUGGGCAGCUUCACUAACCUUCUGAAGAACCAGGCCCAGGACCUGAGCCAGCAGGUCUCCACCCAGGCCGAAGGCAUGCGCAAGCAGCUGGAGGCCACCGCCGAGGACCUGCGCACCACCCUGGAGGGCAAGAUCGAUGAGCUCAGCAGCCUGAUCGCCCCCUACGCCGCCAAGAUCCGUGAGCAGCUCCAGACCGCCAUGGACAAGGUCAAGGAGACCACCUUCUAAAUGGACCCAGGGGAGGGAGGGGUUUGGAGGACUGGUGUGCCGCCACUACACCCCUGUUUAAGUAGGGGUGGGGGUUGUGAAGCACUGUGCCACCAUUCACCUAGCUACCACAGAGAGGAGGAGGGAGUUAAGUGUUACUGAUGCUGUUUUCACUGUGUUGGCUCUGUUUGUUUUGGUUGAGGGGGGUUGAUAGUGAGAGAGGGGUGAGGAUGGCAGAGCUUUGAAGGGGUCUUGAGCAGACCAACAGUCCUUUAUGUCUGUUCAGGCCUGUUCAAACACACAAGAGGCCAUUGUUUUUAACCUGCUUCGCUUGUCUUCCUCGUUAUAAGUGCUCUAGAUGUCUCCUCCAAAUUGUUCUACUAAUCUGCAUCAGGUUUCUAAGGCUGCUGUAUGGGAUACAAGUGGGGUUGAAACAGUAUCUAACAAUCGUGAGCCAAAUUGUCUCCGGCCCAUUCCAGCGCUGUCCUUCAUUUCAAUAACUGCACUGAAUUAAGACUGGGCUUUUCUCCAGCACUAGCAUCAGUCUGUCCAGAACCAAAGGAGCAGAACCACUCCGUUCCUUGCUUGUCUGUGAUUCUGUAUCUACACCUGCUUUGUAGGCUCUGUAUUUGUUGUGAUUCAUAUAGGAGUGUAUUUACUAUGACUGUGAUAUGACGCGAAUAUGACAAUGAAACUAAAAUGUAUACUUCACAGGGUCCAUAUACUACCUGUCUGUAUUAAUUCAGUUUGGUCAGAGUGUCUCUGCCAUUUCACAAUGUAACACGCCCUGCUGCUCACUGUUCGUCUGGCUGUCUGGCUGUCUGGCUUACUGGCUGUCUGGCUGUCUGGCUGACUGCAGUGUGCUCCCCAGCGCUGCGGAAAUAAAAUAUGCUUGUUGCUCAA